CCAGGUGUGCAACCGCUGGGACCUGCCUCUGAAGGACAUGAAAAUUUCCCUCCCCAAAAUGCAGUAGCAGACCAAGAGAGCAGCCAACAGAUAGAGCAGCUGGAAUUUGAACUCAAGAAAAAGCGCAAAAAAUGUGAAAACCUUGAGCAUGAAGUGAGGAAAAAGCAUAAAAGAUGCAAAGAACUGGAGAUCCAGCUGCAGGAGGUACAAAGUGAAAAUGCACGACUGGCCGAAGAGAACUUGCAGCUGAACGAGAAGGCUGGAUGGGCAGGACAGGUUGAAUCUGAGAAUGCUGACCUGAAAUUGCAGGUUGUUUUGGUUACUAAGGAACGGGAUUCAGUAAUUCAGACGAAUCAAGGACUCCAAACCAAGCUGGAGAAUCUAGAGCAGGUGCUGAAGCACAUGAGAAAUGUGGCUGAGCGAAGGCAGCAGCUGGAAGUCGAGCACAAGGAAGCGCUGCUAGUCCUGCAGGAGAAGCAAGAGGAAGUCAGGCGGUUGCAGCAGGCACAGGCAGAGGCAAAAAGAGAACAUGAAGGAGCAGUACAGCUUCUAGAGGCCAGGGUGAAGGAUCUCGAAGACCAGUGUCGCAGUCAAACAGAGCAGUUCAGCCUCCUGUCUCAGGAACUCAAACAAUUUCGGCUUCAAACAGGAAAAAUCGACCUUCUCACCUCUACGCUGGUGACUUCUGAGCUUCCUCUUGCUCUGUGCAGCUCCACCCCACAGCCUCACUGGGAGAAGGAAUCAACUGUUCCUGGAUUGCUCACUCACCAGAGCGCGAAGAAGGUUCACAAUGGAGAGGCUGAUGAGUUGGAGUCGUCUCAGCGGGCGCCUGACGCCACUGUUCGCUCCCAGGUUGCUGCUACCAGUUCUCAGAAACAAGCCAAGAAAGUGGAAUCUCAGUCAAACUCUUCAAAGUCAGAAUCCAUGCAGAACAGUCCAAAAUCCUGUCCAACUCCAGAGGUGGACACUGCAAGUGAAAUGGAAGAACUGGAUGUUGACAGCAUCUCUCUCAUGCCAGAGACAGGCAGCCAAGGCCCUGCAAAGCUCCAGGUGUUCUUAGCUCGAUACAGCUACAAUCCUUUCGAUGGACCGAAUGAAAAUCCAGAGGCAGAGCUUCCGCUGACUGCUGGAGAAUAUAUUUACAUCUAUGGAGACAUGGAUGAAGAUGGCUUCUUUGAAGGGGAGCUGAUGGAUGGCCGGCGAGGGCUGGUCCCCUCCAAUUUUGUUGAGCGAGUUUCAGAUGAUGACCUCAUGACGUUUCUGCCUUCGGAGCUGAAUGAUCUCACCCAUAGUUCAUACCAGGAGAAAAGUUUUGUCAGUGCAAGCACCAGCAGUGGAGAUAAGAGUGAUUUCUCCCUUGAAGAGAGUAGCAUCAGUCCAUUGGCCAGUAGAGCAGAAGGAGACCAGGAGGAACCUGUUAGUCAUACAGCAGUGCCUUACCCAAGAAAAUUGACUUUGAUCAAGCAGCUUGCCAGAAGCAUAGUUGUAGGCUGGGAACCACCGCUUUUGCCAGCUGGCUGCCCAGACAUACAAAGCUACAACGUCUAUGUGGAUGAAGAGCUACGUCAAAAUGUGAAGAGUGGCUUUCAGACCAAAGCAGUGAUUGAAAAGCUGGAUUUAAAGACAAAGGCUUACCGUGUAUCUGUGCAGAGUGUGACAGAGCGAGGGAGUUCUGAUAAACUGCGGUGCACUUUCCUUGUGGGGCAAGAUUUUUCGGUGGCACCAAGUAUGCUGAAAGUCAGAAGCGUCACUGCCACGUCAGCAGAGGUCGCGUGGCUUCCCUGCAACAGCAAUUACAACCACGCGGUGUAUCUCAAUGGGGAGGAAUGUGACGUAACAAAACCUGGGGUCUACUGGUACACCUUCCGCAACCUGCAGCCGAGCACUCAGUAUGUUGCCAAGCUGGAGGCCCGGCCCUUGAAAACACCUUGGGAAGAGGUCCCAGAGGGGCAGGAGCAGAACUCAGCUGUGAUACACUUCACUACCCCACUAGCAGGCACACCGGAUGCACCUCUGGAUGUCCAGGUAGAAGCUGGUCCCUCGCCAGGUAUCCUAGUUAUCAGCUGGUUACCUGUCACCAUUGAUGCAGAAGGAUCUUCCAAUGGAGUUCGAGUCACCGGUUACGCUGUGUAUGCAGACGGACAGAAGGCGAUAGAAGUUACUUCUCCAACAGCUGGGAGUGUCCUGGUGGACUUGUCCCAGCUUCAGAUGUUCCAGGUGUGCCGGGAGGUUUCUGUGAGAACAAUGUCUCUGUACGGGGAGUCAGUGGAUUCAGUUCCAGCCCAGAUCUCCUCAGUUUUGCUGCGAGCCUCUCAUCGCUCUUCACCUUCAGAUUCUGCUGUUUCUACCACUUUUACCUCUAGACUGCCUCGUGGAGACCCCAGAGGCGCUCUGCCUGCACGCAGCCCACCCACGCACCAGACAGCUGCACUCCUGCUUCGACAGAAAGUUCCCACUGAUAGCUCAGAUGCCAAAUUGACUGAUCUCUCCUCUAGCCACGAUGGCUCAGCGCAAUCUCUGCCGGAGAAAGCCUCUUCACCACCGCACCUCUCCUCUCCCAGUGCUUCCUUGGUGCAGGUUUUAGGCACUUCCCCACAGGGAUCAGAUGCUGCACGAGACAAGAAAUGCCUGACUGUGCCUCCACAGCAAGCUGGCAGUACAGUGCUCCCUGGUGAGGGCACGGAGCCUGUCACUUCAAGGGAAGCAGAAUUACAAGGCCUGGGUGAAGGGACAGAGGUGCAGAUGGAGCAAUCUGUGACCAAAGCGCCGGAGCUGGAAAGCCAGUCUAGCAGUAGUGUGAGGAUACGUGUGGAGACUGGCCACGAGCACUCCGUGGAAGAGUCACCAAAAGGUCCCAGUGCUGAAAGAGAGGAAGAGGCAGAAGAGAAGCACCUGACCCCAGACCCUCUGCCAUCCCCCAGCCAGGCUGAAGGCACAGAGGGCACCUCCCGAGAUGCAAGCGCGAGUGGGAGCAACUGCCAGGAGUUCCUGAGGUUGUCCCCUGGCAAGGAGGUGGUGAAAGAAAUGUCCAGAGUGAAAAGAGAGCAAGAAAAACUGUCUGAGAUGGGAAGACGACAGCUGACCCUUUUUGCUGAGCACAAUCGUAGUUCUGACCUUUCAGAUAUUUUGGAAGAGGAGGAAGAAGAUGAACUGUCUUCAGAAGCUCUGGAAGAGAAGAAAUGGGACCAGAGAGAGCCCUGUUACCGGGAGAAUGGGGAAAAGAUGGAUCUUUGUGAUACUGACAGCGAUGAGGAGAUUCUGGAGAGGAUACUGGAGCUCCCACUUCAGAAGAACCACAGCAAGAAAUUGUUUAGCAUCCCUGAAGUCACUGAGGAUGAGGAUGAAGAUGAAGAUGAGAAGUGUGUUCUGGAGGAAAAAGCAGACCCUCAAGACUCCUUGGAAACGCUUACCUACCAUUCAGGAAGGACGGAAAAGCCGCUGAACAGCAAGGAGUCAUUUCGAAAGGCAGAUGGGAGUCAUACCUCCAUGGAUCUGUCUGCUCAGACUCCACGGGAGGAGCAUGGUGCUAAGGAGAGCAGAGGGGAUGCUGACCAUGCGAAACCUGCCUUUGUCCAGCUGGCCUGGAAUCAGAAGAAGGCAAACUGGAACUGGGGCUACCAGGAGAACGAUCCUAAGUCUGGGACUGGGGCAAGUCCCACUUGGAGCAAGAAGAAGGGAAAUAAUUCUCGAGAGAAGAUCCGGAGUCGGCCUGAGAUGGGUAGGAGGAGACAGAAUGAUUUAACAGAGCACUGCAGUCGUCUGCUGGGCAACUGCAGCCAGAUGGGAAGCGGGUUAUACAGAGCUCCUAGCCUCAGGGAAGAGCUGAACGUUGUGAGCAGUGCUGGUGGUAAGGAGGGCUAUGAUAUGUACAGUCGUGCCAGACAAGGCACCAUAAGAAAAAAACACCAGAAAGCAGUGGUUUCAGGGUUUGCAGAACGGUCUGUGUUGGCAGCACGCUGCUCCAGCCCCAGGAGCCUGGAAAUAGACAUUGAAUAUGACUCUGAAGAUGAUCAGGAUUCAACCUGUGCGUCUCCCCCUGAGAGCAGGCUGUGGCCAGAAAGGUCCCAGAGCUUCCAGGGGGACUGGAGCGAUGGCUGCAAUCAGUCUGAGGUUGCCCACGUGGAUGGCAGAAGGGACCUGACCAGACUGGAGAUGGUGGAAGAGCAGGAUGUGGAGUGGGCUGGGUCUCCCAGCCGGCCCCUGCAAUCCUUCUGCCGGGAGAAGGAAGCACUGAGAUGUGAGAGCAGUUCUGAGGAGCAGGGCUGGGAGCUGGACUGUAAGUCACCUGGCUGGAGAAGGAGGCUCGAACAUCCUUCGAAGGGGAUACGUAGCACCUCCUUGCACAAAAGGGCGUCCGGUAAUAAAGAUCCUAGGGGCCAGGAGCUGCCUGGCACAGCUGCCUGGCAGGUGCCCAAUAGACGAAGGAACAGGAGUGUGAGAAGAAGCCAAAUGCAGAAACCUUUGCUCUCUAGUCCAGGUCCUCCGAGGAGCACCGCUUCAGAAACCUCUGUUAAAGAUGAUGGCAUUAGAAUAUUUGUGGCUCUCUUUGACUACGAUCCUGUUUCUAUGUCUCCUAACCCUGAUGCAGCAGAAGAGGAGCUCCCAUUUAAGGAGGGACAGAUCCUGAAAGUGUGUGGAGACAAGGACGCUGAUGGCUUUUACAGGGGUGAAUGUGCAGGAAGGGAGGGGUACAUUCCCUGCAACAUGGUCUCAGAAGUCCAGGUGGAGAAUAAUGAAAUCAAGAAGCAGCUCCUAAAGCAAGAGUUCCUGCCUGCUGACACACCGAUGGAGAGCAUAGGAAAUGGCACAUUUUCUCCACCUCCACGCCGCCAAACCGUCCCUCCUCCAAAACCCAGACGCUCCAAGAAAGGGCUGGAUAAACAGGAGAAGUACAAGUCUCAUCCAGGCCAGACACAUCAGGACUUUGAAGCAGAACUGCUGACUUCUCGAAGUAUGGUGGCUGUCUUCGACUAUAACCCUAAGGAGAGCUCUCCAAAUGCAGACGUAGAGGCUGAACUGACUUUCAGCGCCGGGGACAUCAUCACUGUGUUUGGCUCCAUGGACGAUGAUGGAUUCUAUUAUGGAGAGCUGAAUGAACAGAGAGGUCUUGUUCCGUCUAACUUCUUGGAAGCUGUCCCUUCUGAUGGAGGCACGGUUGAGGAACGUCAUUCAAAAGAUAAAGAGGCUUUUCCGCUGAGUCCCGAGAGCCAGAGAAUGAGGAAGAGAAGAGUCCAGUGAUAGAUAUGAGUGAUACAUAGAGAAAGCAACCAUUUAAAUCCAGAUGGAUCUGUUGAUCAGAGCGAUUCCUCACCAACUCCUACUCUACCGCCUUCCUGCCUUGUCAUGGGCGAGCAGUGUCUGGAGCAGGCAUCGCUGGUCGUUCUGAAAUGCAGUGAUGCACCUGGUCAGAGUAAAAAGAGGAGAGGCUUCUUCUUCAAAGGAAAAAAGCUCUUCAAAAAACUUGGGUCCAGUAAGAAAAAUUAACAAGGGAUUUAUUGUUCUGUAAAGACGGCUUGUGCAGUCCACGCAGGGACUGAAAAUUCAGGAGAAGACCUCUGCAAUAAGCUGAUUAGAGUAUUUUCAUAGGGAAGAAGUGUAUAUUGAAUAGAGAAAACUCUUCAGUGGGUCUGUGAGCUGUGGUCUCUGCUGAGAGCCCAGCGUGGGCGGUGGCUCUGAACACAGUGUCAUGACACUGGGGUGUGUGAGGCCUCAGCUCUGGGAUACAGCGACCUCCACAGUAGUGUGUCCUGCUCCGUGCAGCCCUCAGUGCACCGGUUCCCUGUAAAUAUUUUAAUUUAACAAUUAUAUUCUGGCUGUAAGUUAGCUAAAUGGCUUUUCCCAGCAAAGCCCCGGCCCCUUAGGAAGAGCUCCCUUGUACUACACACCCUGGUAUUUCUCUGGUCCAAAGGAGGUUGUGUCAAUUCCUUCACUUCCUGCAAAGAAAAUUUGCACUUUUCUGUUCCCAUGAAUCCCUUUUGCUGUCUCUGGGCUGACAAGUGAGUUAUUUGUACUGUAAACCUGUAAAUAUGCAGCUGUGCCUAGGAGCACCCC